AUGAAGGUGUUCGUUAAGUCGUUUGAUACCCGUGUGAUAGACACAAAUGACUGCCCGACUGCUGCAGAUCUAAAGAUUCUACUAGCCAACAAAGACAAUUUGCCACUGGAUAGUUUGCAGUUAUACAACUGUGGAUCAUUAAUUAGUGAUUCUCAAUCUUUGGCAUCUCUGUCCCGUGACACAUCUAUCGAUGUCGUUGUUCCGGCAUUAGGAGGUAAGGUCCAUGGAUCUCUUGCGCGUGCUGGUAAAGUUCGUGGGCAAACCCCAAAGGUCGAGAAACAAGAAAAAAAGAAGUCUCCACGAGGCAGAGCUAAACGUAGGAUGCAGUACAAUAAGCGAUUUGUAGCAGUUGUACAACAACCUGGUGGAAGAAGAAGAGGCCCGAAUUCCAAUGUAAAGUCAUCCUAA